AGAGAUCAGUAAAGUUGCUCACAUAGCCCUGCUUUGUCCAUUUUAAACUGAGCAAAUCGCAGAUAUAUGAAGAAACGCCGGGUGAAAUGGAUGACCAGUUGGAUCAGCGCGGGGUAGAGGACAUCGCGGCUCAACCACGGUACGUGUACGGCCAGCGGAAUCAAUGCCAUCACGAAGUGAUGGUGACUGAGUUGGAAAAUCCUCCCAGAAGCGAGCAAUCCUCGCAGUCGAAUCUAUCAUUCGUCGAAUAUCCCAAGUCAGAGGCAGCGCCUUGCAAAGUCUGCGCUGAUCUUUCGACGACGGGGUCCGCAGGCUUAGGAUCCACACGCGCUUCCGAAGAGGAAUUACACGCUGCUGGAGAACGAGGAUGCCCCACCUGCUCUCUCAUCUCAAAAGCAACGAGAAGUUUUUGCUCAUCGAUAUGUAAUCGCGAAUCUAAAACCAGCAAUUUAUUGAAGGUCGAUGGCGUCACGAUUUUGAACGAUGGAGGACACCUCUCCGCUCUUCUGGCAAUCCACCAACAUGAUGGUGUCCCUCUUGAGGUUACCCUUGACCUCUUUUCUCCGAGAAUAUCAACCGAGUUUCCAGUAUUCAAGGCCCCGAAUUGCAUCUCUAGCAAACUCUGUCUCUCGGAUUUGGUCGCGAAGAUUGCAGCCUGGAUCCAAAACUGCGAGUCCAAACAUAUCCACUGCCGUCUACCGGAAGCCUCGAUCCUGCCAUCCCGAGUAAUAGACUUUGGAGUCCUGGAAAGCUUUGAUGAUAUCAAACUUGUCCUAGGUCAUGGUAUUUCAGCUCAAUAUUUAGCACUGAGCUACUGCUGGGGAGCUGGAACUACGAUGAUUCAAUCAACGUCCUCUUCACUUGCCAGGUGGACUGAAGGGAUUCCCUGGCAGCAACUCCCGAAGACUUUCCAAGAUGCCAUAACACUCACCCGGAAACUUGGAAUCCAGUACCUAUGGAUCGAUGCGGUUUGUAUCGUUCAAGAUGACACUCAAGAUUGGGAAUUCGAGUCUGCUAAUAUGGCGAAUAUAUACUCGAAUUCGUAUAUCACAAUUGCAGCAACCUCAGCAUCUGAUAGCCACCGUGGUUUGUUUACAGACAGAUGGACACGCUCCUGGGGCAAUAAUAGCAUCAAGAUCCCGGUCGAUGCUCACCACGUUGCCACAUCGGCCAACGAUCACAAGGACGAAAUUUUUGUACGACCACGACUCCACCUAGCACACAACCGAUUCUGUAACAUGGAGAAUGCCAUGGACCAUACUGAAGACGCACCACUUCUCACAAGAGCAUGGGCAUUCCAAGAACGCCUCCUCCCCUCCCGCACACUACAUUUCCAUGCCGAAGAACUCAUCUGGGAGUGCAAAUCCGCAGUCCAGUGCGAGUGCCAAAGUCUAGACCGUACAUUUAGCUUCGAACAGACUGGCAUGGAAGGAUGGCUCAAGAACUUCGUCACUGGCAGUCUCCAUGCCAAUCACUCUGUCGAUGAGCUCGGCCACGUCUGGCUGGAUCUCGUAUCGGAAUUUGGAGCGCUGCGUCUCACUCAUGAGAAGGAUCGUUUGCCUGCACUUUCUGGAAUGGCUUCGAAGUUCUCGGAUAAGUGUUUGGGGAAUUACGUCGCUGGGAUUUGGGAGCAUGAUAUGGCGAGGGGAUUGUUGUUUAUUACUUCACCUCUGGACAAUUCGCAAUCUGCUCCAACCGCCCUGCCAUCUUCGCCGUCUGUGCCGUCCUGGUCAUGGGCUUCUGUAUACCUGCGAGGAUCGAUGAUAUCCUAUGGCCACAUACUCGCAGGUGGCUUUGUCCAAGAUGCCUCCUUCCAAGUUUUGAUUAUGGACGUCAAGCGGAGUGGCAACAACCCGUUCAGCUGGGUAGAACAUGGCAGUCUUCGCGUCAAAGGCCGUUGUUCUUUGACAAGGAUAUUUACUGAGCGCUCAGUUUCCGGACAUCUACGCAAUAAGAAGUUUGUAAUCAAAAUAGAUGGCGAUCAUAGAGUUGUUCCUUUGGAGUACUUCAGUAGUGAUGAUGAUCUUGAUAGUCUGGAUGAUACACCUCUGUAUUGCUUGCUUGUUGGUUUUCAAGAUUCCACGUGGUCAGUGGGUCAGAAUCCUGAGGGUGCACAAUACGAGUAUGUACUUGUUCUUUACAAAGUCUCUGAGGAGCAGAACACGUACAGACGUGUUGGGCUCUUGUCGAUCAUGGAUGAUACCUGUUCUCUUAGAGAGCAACCAGUACUUACAGCUACGUUGGUAUAGUUCGCGGACAUCUCUAUUACUUAAUAUUAGCGUUAGACCAAGGAAAUUCUCGCAGGAAAGAGGUCAUGUUGAGCUGCUGAUCUCUUCCCCUACAAUUCUGGUAGUCAAUUUAGGCCAAUGCAUUUCCAUAGUGGGUAUCAUGAG